AUGUAUUGCCCGUCUGUCGCUCUGCUGUCUCCGCACUUCCUCAUCACAUUCACACAGCGCACGCAGCCGACCUCUUCUCCCCGUGAAGCCGUCAAGAGAUACGAGAUGCUCCUCGAAUCGGACGGGCGGUCCUCUUAUUCGCAGUGCAGAGGGGAUAUUCUCGGUUCACCGCACGUGCAGAGCGUUGCCGAGGUGUAUGCGUGUCGCUGUGUGCAACGCAUCGAAAAAUCCAACAAGGCGAUACAAGUCCUUUGCGUCCUCCAGGGCGAAGUGGCCGCUGCCAGCUGCGGAGAGGGCCCUGCGGGGCUGGGCUCAGACAGCGCCACCACUUGUCACAUCGUGGCCUUUCGGAAUCCCGCCAGCGGGCGGACGUGCCUGGCGCACCUCGAUGAUGCCCGCAAAGUCGAGGAAGCGGUGGCGUGCAUGCUACGUUUGAUGUCUGCCGGGGGCGAUGGAGAGGAACCCCUUGAUCUUUACGUGGUCGGGGGCUACGUCGGCAAAACGUGUUCGGAGGCGCUGUCGAACGCCCUCUUGUGCGUUCUCCACGAGUCUCCGCGAGCUUUCCGUGUCGUGCUGGCCUGCAUGUCCCGCCUCAACUCCAUGCGGCCCGCCGCUUUCACCGCUGCCCGGACCGGAGACAGCCUGCCGGUCAGCCGGACUCCGGCUGCACAGCCGCCUUCCGUGGGCGGCGGCUGGGGCCCGAGCGCUGCUGGAAGAAUAAACGGUGGCGUCUUCUUCGAAGGUGGGAUGCAGGGCAGAGACAUGGUCAGCGAGGGUGCUAGCAGCGCGCGUGCUGAUGUGGGCUGUGUCCGGGAUCCACGGGCGAGACAAAACCACCCGGUGCCGACGGACACGAGCUCAGUGAAGGAGAAUGACACUCGUCAUUGCGACGACGGGUGGCUACCGAGACAAACAAGUCUAGCGAUAGACCUGCGGAGCGGGCAGGCGUAUCCGGUACGUUUCGAGGGCGAGGGCAGAGGGCCGGGGUGGGAGGUGCGCAGCUCGAGGGUUUUCUCCGGUUCCAGAGAGAACGCUUUGACAGAGAUCUACGAACCCCGAUCGGAUAGCGUCGUUGUCUCCCCGUUCCCCGUCUUCGUGGACCCCCGCUGGCUGGCACGAAUGCUCGUCCUAGCGGACCGAGAACUGUUGGCUCAGACGUCGACCUCUCCAGAGGCCGAGGACGAGAGAUUCGUCGCAGACGUCCGCGCUCAGUUUUCCUACAUGUUGGCUCAGUCGGGGGCAGACGGGCAAUCGUGGUGCGAAAACGUUUUCGGAGCCGGAGGGGGAAGGCCCCUUGUUUUCCCCCGCCUAGCGCCAACGACCUGAUGAUGUGACCGGUUUUGCUGCGCCGAACUCGUUAAUACUGAGCAGCUGGUUGGUUGUCUUACGUGUAUUCGCAGAAUUGGAAUAGGAGUGGGGGGGGGGUGAAGGAGGAGAGCGCGAAUAAAAGUGAAACCGAUUCGAGCUGGGGGACUACUCCUUCUGUCGUACCCGCUGGCGCGCGUGCCAAUCCGGCAGAGAGUCGUACCUGGGUCAAAGGAAGACCCAAGAUAUUUUCGCUUUUGAAAACGACGAGAGCCCAGGCUUUCACCCAACCCAACUCACGAUUGCGCAAGAACGGGCGCAAAUUUCCAACGCAUGGUGUGUUUCGAGGAAUGACUGUUCGUGUUAGGGAUGCCAGCUGUCUUUUAGUUCGCUCACACACUACUGCUGUGGUUCAGUCGUGGACAAUGUCACCCUAGCACGUGCACUCCGACGUCUUGUUUACAUAUAAUAUAUCUUACCCCCUCCACGUGGGCCCU